AUGCGAUUCUCACACGUACUCCUGGGAGCUGCAGCUGCAGCCGGCGUGCUCGCUAGUCCCACCCCGAACGACUAUGUCGUGCAUGAACGUCGUGCUGUCCUACCCCGCUCCUGGACGGAGGGGAAGAGACUGGACAAGGCCACUACGCUGCCUAUGAGGAUUGGUCUCACGCAGUCGAACCUAGACCGUGGCCAUGACUUGUUGAUGCAGGUAUCCGAUCCUCGCUCGUCUCGCUACGGACAGCAUUUCACCGUCGAAGAGGUUCACGAUCUCUUUGCUCCAAGCCAGGAAACCGUCGAUCAUGUUCGAACAUGGCUUGAGUCUGAGGGCAUAUCCGCCGACCGCAUCUCGCAGGCUGCCAAUAAACAGUGGCUUCAAUUUGACGCGAGCGUAGCAGAAGCCGAGCGGCUACUCAGCACUGAGUAUCGUAUGUAUGCACACGAGGGCUCAGGAAAGUCGCACAUUGCUUGCCGGGAGUACCAUGUCCCUCAGUCAGUGCAACGGCACAUCGACUACAUCACACCUGGCAUCAAGUUACUAGAGGUUGAAGGAGUCAAGAGAGCUCGGAGCACUGAAAAGCGUUCAUUGGGAAUCCCGCUGCCGCCGAUUCUUGAGCCGCUGACACUGCCGUUGUCUGAGUUGCUGGGUGAUAAUACAUUACUAUGUGAUUUGGCAGUCACACCCGCUUGUAUUUCAGUGAUGUAUAAUAUUACCAAAGGCACAAAGGCCACCAAGGGGAAUGAAUUGGGUAUUUUUGAGGAUCUAGGGGAUGUCUAUAGCCAAGAGGAUCUCGACCUGUUCUUUUCAACUUUUGCACAGCAAAUUCCCCAGGGCACUCACCCCAUCCUGAAGGCCGUCGACGGCGCUCAAGCCCCAGCCAGCGUGUCCAACGCAGGCCCGGAAUCCGACUUGGACUUUCAAAUUUCGUACCCGAUCAUCUGGCCGCAGAACUCCAUCCUCUUUCAGACUGAUGAUUCAAAUUACGAGGCCAAUUACACCUUCAGUGGCUUUCUCAACACUUUCCUCGACGCCAUUGACGGAUCCUACUGCAGCGAGAUCUCCCCUCUAGACCCAUCGUACCCGGAUCCCGCCAACGGCGGCUACAAAGGUCAACUCCAGUGCGGCGUCUACGAACCCCCCAAGGUCAUCUCCAUCUCGUACGGCGGCGCCGAGGCCGACCUCCCCAUCGCCUACCAGCGCCGCCAGUGCAACGAGUGGAUGAAACUCGGUCUGCAGGGCGUCUCCGUCGUCGUCGCAUCCGGCGACUCCGGCGUCGAAGGCCGGGGCGGCGACCCAACCCCAAGCAAUUGUUUAGGAAACGGUAAAGUCUUCGCUCCGGACUUCCCAGCCACCUGUCCGUACCUCACCGCCGUAGGCGGGACCUACCUCCCCCUCGGCGCCGACCCCCGCAAGGACGAGGAAGUCGCCGUGACCUCGUUCCCCUCCGGCGGCGGCUUCAGCAACAUCUACCAGCGCGCAGACUACCAGCAGCAGGCAGUCGACGACUACUUCUCCCGCGCGGAUCCCGGGUACCCGUACUACGAGAGCGUGGACAACAGUAGCUUCGCGGCGAACGGCGGCAUCUAUAACCGGAUUGGACGCGCGUACCCGGACGUCGCGGCCAUCGGGGACAACGUCGUCAUCUUCAACAAGGGCUUGCCUACGCGCAUUGGCGGCACCUCGGCCGCUGCGCCGGUGUUUGCGUCGAUCCUGACUAGGAUUAACGAGGAGCGGCUUGCGGUUGGCAAGUCGACGGUGGGGUUUGUGAACCCUGUGCUGUAUGCGCAUCCGGAGGUGUUCAAUGAUAUCACGCAGGGGAGUAACCCGGGCUGUGGCACGCAGGGGUUCUCUGCUGCGAAGGGAUGGGAUCCGGUGACUGGGUUGGGGACUCCGAAUUAUCCGGCGAUGUUGGAGUUGUUCAUGAGCCAGCCGUAG